AUGUCUGACUUGCACGACUUAUGUAAAUUCCCGCAAAGACCAAUUAACGAAUCAUAUAUCGUCCAAUUGAAACAUUAUCUUUCCAAUGGGAUCCCAGCAACAUAUACUGUUGAAGAAGCGUACAACUACACCAACAAUAUCGAAACUGAAUCAGAAACAACCACUACUCCAUUACAUCUUAUCUGUACCCAUGUGCCUACUGAUUCCAGUCCUGAGGAAUUGGAAAUUGUAUCCAAGAUGGUUGAAGUUUUAUUCGAAUAUGGUGCUGGUUGGUGUUUUACUGAUGUGAAUAAUGAUACUCCUGGUUGUGUAUUGCUUAAACGGAACUUAAAAGAUUUCGGAAGGAUAUAUAGUCAGAUCGUGGAAGCUGGUGUUAGGGCGGAAUUAUUGUUGAGAAAAGUGAGUGAGUUUGAUAUGGAGGUAAUUGAAGAUACGGAUGAUUUAAAUCAUGAAGAAUUUGAAAAUGUUCCUGAGUUGGUGAAGGAAGAAGCUCCAGAAGCAGAAGCCGAAGCUAAAGAAGAAGCACCUGCCAAAGCUGACGACGAAAUCGACGAUGCUCCAGAUGCCCCUUCUCAAAACCAAGAAUCAUACCUCAACACAAAACUCGAAUAUGUUGAUGGAGCACUCAUAACCAAAGGAAGAAAAGAUGGAGUCAUGAUGGAAUGGGAAACCGAUCUUAUGAAACUCGGAUGUGAUUCCCUCUUCAAAGGUGCCAAGAUCGACGAAGACGAACUCGAUUCCGAAAUCAAUAUCUUAAACAUCGGUUUUGGUAUGGGUAUCAUCGAUACCAUGAUCCAACAACAAAAGCCUACGAAACAUUAUAUAUGUGAAGCACAUCCUGAUGUUUUGAAGAAAUUGAGAGAUGACGGAUGGUAUGAAAAACCCAAUGUUGUCAUAUUGGAAGGAAGAUGGCAGGAUAAAUUGGAUGAAUUGUUAUCACAGGGAAAUGUAUUCUUUAAUGGGAUUUAUUAUGAUACUUUUUCAGAACAUUAUCUGGAUAUGUUAGAGUUAUUUGAUUAUAUUGUAGGGCUAUUGAAACCAUAUGGGGUGUUUUCAUUUUUCAAUGGGUUAGGUGCAGAUAGACAAGUUGUUUAUGAGGUCUAUAAACAAUUAGUAGAGAUUGAUUUGAAGAAUUAUGGUUUAGACUGUAAGUUCAUUCAAGUCACAGUCCCUGAAUCAACAUUAAAGUCUAGUGAUGACAAAAGUGUUUGGGAUGAUGUUAAACGUUCUUAUUGGUCUUGCCCUGUAUAUUAUCAUCCCGAAGCCAAAUUUAUAGAAUUAUAA